AUGAUUUAUUGCUUGAAUCGAGGGCUAUUACGAUUUGGUGGUAAGCCAACCUGUUUAAGAUAUGCUACUCCCAAGAGACCAGUGUUUCAACUCAGAUCGUUGCAACUCUCAGCUCCUCAAAUUAGGGCUGUUAAAGGAUGGGGAACAAUAAUAAACAUAUUCGCUGGAGCAUACAUAGGUGGAUUAAUGGUCUCUCUUGGGCUGUUGUAUUUCUUGUAUCAUGAUGCAGAUGAGAGGCAAAGUAUUCCUUUUGAAUUAAGCUUCAAGGAUCAGAUUACUGCUGUGAAAGCCAUCAAUAAGGACGAUGUAUUGAAAAGUCCAACUUUCGCUUUAAAGCACUAUAGGAGAUUGCUUAUUGAUCUAGCUAAGGAAGAAGAUCCGAAGUUGGUUUUUGACGAGAAUGAUCCUUCUAAUGAAUACAAAUUCCCUAUAAUUCUGUCGUCAGUGCUAGUGUAUGAGAAAUCAGAUGCUUUUGCAAAUUUUUACAUCGAUAUUGUGUUGAGGUACGCUAAGGCUCUAUUGGCGAAGGGUCAACUAGAUAGUUCCAUCAAAACCCUACAGAGAAUAAUAGACGAUGACAUUUUGUUCUUCAAAUUGGGUGAUUCAGAGAGACUCUCCCAGUGUUGUCGCUUGUUGAGCAAGGUUUCACCGGAUUACCAGCAGAAGGUAUAUUAUCUAGAAAGAGCAAUCAACAUGCACAGUCUAAGUUUUCCAUCUUUGAGAGUAGAUAAGAACUUUUUACUUCAAGAUGGAUCACAGAUCACUGAUGAGUUCAUGUCUUGCUUGAACGCUUUAGCAUUCAUCUUCGCAAAAAUGUCUACGAUUAAAGGCAAUAAUAAAGACAAGGAUCUUACACAUGCAAUGAAUAUUUAUCUUGCUAACUUAAAGACUCUUACUCGUAUUCGUGAUGAUAUAAAAUCUGGUGCAGCAUCUCAAGUUAACUUCCCUUUGUUCAAUUGUGAUCCAACGAACUUAAUCAUGCUAGAUGCCGAUAUGAAAGCGCAUAUAAGUGAAAUAAUGUGGGCAAAAGGUUACCGCAAGAGUGCUAUUUCGUGGGCCGAAGAUGUUGUAGAUGAGAUAUAUUUCUAUGCUUCAAAUACAGCGAGAGCAGGACCUAUUCUAGAUGACGCGUUGCUGAAUCUUAUCCUCAUGUACGGCAGGCUCAAAGACGUUAGGUCAAAGAAGAGAUGUCAGGACUUAAAGAAUAACCUUCAAAUCUACGAAACAGAUCCUCCUUCGUGGUAUGACAGCAUCGUAGACAGGUUCAGCAGAAUCAUCUACAGCCGAGGACCGCUAGGUAUUAUAGAGAAGCCGCUUUUAGAACGGUUCGGUCGCCCAACACCACUCCCUCAGAUCCAAGACUUUGAUCUGGAAGAUGUAGAAUAA